AGUGUACUUCCUAUUUCUGAGCCAGCCUGGGUUUCAUCUCUGCUUCAGUCUCCUCCAUGCUGCUCAAAAUGGUACUUUUUCUCACUUAAACACAGAGUUGAUUCAAAGGCCAAGCAAUGGGGGAGCGAUCCUCUUUUGCUUUAUUUUCUAAGACCUAGGGAGCAUCUCUCUCUCCCUCUGUCCUUCGAGAUGCUGCCUGCAGAGCGGGGACCGGUGGAAGAUGUCUCAGACACCUUCUCAGCAAAGAGUCUCAAACUCCCUACACGCAGUGGGAGGAAGGCGCGUGAACCCCUGGCUUCUUGGGGUGGCCAGCGCACACGUCUCUUCUGGAACCACGGGUGUCUUCUCGGUUUCCGGCUAGGUCACUCGUGUUUGAGUCGGAGCAUCAUUGGCCAAAGAUCGUCACUCUUCGUAAAGCAAUGUCAGUCCUGUGGCUACAAGAAAUGAGAGAUUCGUUCAGGGCUGUCAUGGAAGCCGUCUGAUUCUCAGACCGUGACUCGAGGUCGCCAGGCAUCCUGGGCCACCCGGAUGAAGCAGGAUGGAGGUGCCAGAACUCAGUCGCCCUGCCUCGCCUGCCCGGGACCAGCCAGCCCCUGCCCCUGGACACCCGGGAGCCUCAGGUGGGCAGGUCUCGCCUCACCUGACCCUGGGCCCCGUCAUUCUGUCGGCGGAGCAGGGUCUGGCCCCCGCCGUGUUCCUGAAGGCCCUGCCCAUCCCGCUGUACCACACGGGGCCCCCGGGGGGCCUCCAGCCACGUGCCCCCCUGGUGACGGGCAGCCUGGAUGGGGGCGGUGGGCCCUUUAUCCUCAGCCCCCUGCUGCAGCCCGAGGGCCCCGGCCCCACCCAGGCGGGGAAGCCGGCGGCCCCGACCCUCACCGUGAACAUCGUGGGCACGCUGCCCGUCCUGUCGCCGGGCCUGGGGCCCACGCUGGGCAGCCCGGGGAAGGUGCGGAACGCCGGCAAGUACCUCUGCCCACACUGUGGCCGCGACUGCCUGAAGCCCAGCGUUCUGGAGAAGCACAUCCGGUCCCACACGGGCGAGAGGCCCUUCCCGUGUGCCACCUGCGGCAUCGCCUUUAAGACCCAGAGCAACCUGUACAAGCACAGGCGCACCCAGACGCACCUCAGCCACUCCCGGCUGUCUUCCGAGUCUGAGGGAGGGGGCGGCGGCCUCCCGGAGGAGGGGGCCGGGGCCGGAGAGCGCUCCAGGGCAGCGGGCGCAGGGGACGGCUGGAGCCAGAGCCGACCCGGGAGGCCCCUCUCUCCAGGCGCCCAGGGUGCCGGGCGCUGCCCGGUGCCAGCCACGCACCCGUCCUCUGUCGCUAAGACCCUGGGUCUGAAGUUGGAAGCCGUUCCCCGUCCGGGGUCCGCACCGGCCGACAGAGAGACCCCCGUGGACUCUGCCCACGCGGCCUCCCCCGCGCGCACCCUGGCCGGCGGCACCCAGCCGAGGCGGAAGUCGCCAGAGCAGCCGUCCCCGACCGCCGGCCCGCCCUGCGCCCCGCGGCAGCAGGCGGCGCCGUCCUCGGAGAAAGCCCGGGAUGUCAGGGCCUCGGAGGGCCGGCUGAGGAAGUGUGAGAGCACGGACUCGGGCUACCUGUCCCGCUCGGACAGCGCGGAGCAGCCGCCGGCCCCCGGCAGCCCCCUGCGAGGCCUGUCGGAGGGGGAGGCGGCCCCGGGCCCGCGGCUGGAGCGGCAGCUGGAACAGCGCAUCGCCUGGCUGAUCUCUCACAACCAGGCCGUGGUGGACGACUCCCAGCUGGACAACGUGCGGCCCCGUAAGACGGUCCUGUGCAAGCAGGGCAGCAUCGACCUGCCCAUGCCCUACACCUACAAGGACUCCUUCCACUUCGACAUCCGGGCGCUGCCCUCCGGCCGGAGGAAGCCCGCCGCCCUGGGCCCGGCCCGCUCUACCUUCACGCCCCCCGACAAGGCGCGCCCAGUCUUCUUCCGCUCCGUCCCCACCCAGCUCUCCUCCACCGUGGCGUGCGUGCCCAUCACCAGGAGCAACUCGCUGCCCUUCGUCGAGGGCACGGGAACGUGGCAGGAGCCGCCGGACCCGCGGCACGCCGGUCCCCGGAAGCAGAAGCCUCUGAGCCCCAGGCCCGCCCCUGCCCGGCCGGCGGACGUCCCCGGCGGUCACCCCCGGGCCCUGGUCAGACAGGCGGCCGUGGAGGACCUGCCGUGUCCCCUCACCGGAGACGGCCCGGCCCCCACAGAGGACCUGGAUGGAAGCAGAGCGGCUGCGGGGGAGGGGGCGGCCAGCAGGGGCGGAGCAGCCGGGAAGAAGUGCGGCCAGAGGCCGCUGAAGAUGUUCUCCCAGGACAAGUGGCAGGUGUAUGGGAAAGAGACAUUCAAGAGAAUCUACCAGAGAAUGAAAACCAGCUACCACGGAGGCAAGAAGGCACGGGAGGGGACGGUGGGGAGUGGGGCAGAGCUAGGUCGUCCUCUCCAGGAAGAGGUAGCAGGGGACGAGGGCACAGCCCCAUCGCAGGGUGGGCGGACCCCUGUCCAUGGAGACGUGUCUGUGGGGACCCAGCCGGGGCCUUGGGGACGUCCACUGGCCCAGGAGGGCUUCCCGGUGAUGGAUCCAGCCACGGAGGGGGAGAUGGCGGCCAGAGCAGGAGGCAGGGACCAGCCCAGGGUGAACAGGGCCACCUUACCCUCCACCCUCAGCUGCAGAGAACCCCCCCGUUCGGGCGGCAAGAGCCCUCUGCUUCCUCCAGAUGGGAGGCUGGAGCUGGGGACUCAGCAGCCCAUAGCACCUGGCCCCCUCAAGGGAGGUAACCUAGAGGCUCCCGUGCCGGUUUCGGCAGACCCUAACCUGGAAGGAGGCACCCGUGGUGGGGGCGGCCAGGAGACCUGCCAGCAGGCCCCAACGGUGUCGAGGCAACCCAGCGGUGGCACUGGGGAGCCCCAGCCUUCAGAGGACAAGCUCCCAUCGGAGAGAAAGAAGCUGAAGGUUGAGAAGCUGAGCUGCCAGGAGCCGCCAGAGCCUGCGGGAGCAGAAGGAGAGACCCCGAGUGGCCCCGGGCAGGCCACCUCCCCACCAUCUCACAACCAGGACGGUGAUCCUGGGGACAAGCCGGGAGAGCCGCACGGGAGUGCUGAUGGCAUGGCGGGGGGCAGGGCUGGGGAGCCAGCAAAGCCGUCGGAAGUUUGUGGUGUCUCCUCUGCUGUUCCAUCUGUGGCCCUGAGGCAGGUCCUACAGGACCCGUGUCCUGCAGCUGUGUCCCCUGGACGUCACCCCCAGCUGGCCACACAGCCCCAGGCCCCCGGCGUCCUCACUGCCCUGGCAGACACUGCCUUUCCCCCCAAGUACCUGCUCAGGCUGCCUCAGGGUGAGGCCUGCCCCCCACCUCCCACCGCCCAGGGUCCCAGACGAGGCCAGGACCCUCUCUGCAGGAGAAGGUGGCCGGAGGAACAGCCCUCCGUUGUUGGGCCAGGGCUGGGGACCCGCCUGCCCCCCUGCCCAGCCACGGGCUUGGCCUCCAGUGGAGCAGACACCUUCGAGGAGGAUCCCGGCUGGUCCAGGCACUGGGGUAGGAGAAAGGGGGUGCAGGGAGAGGAGAAGCCAGACUUGGAUGCCGACACCCCAGCAGCAGGGCCGUCCCCUGGCUCAUCAUCCGGUGCCUCCAGGGACACAACCUCCUUCCUGCCCACCCCAGCGUGUGCCACCCAGAAGAGUGGGGCCCCUGAGCCCCGACACCUCUGCACUGAAGUGGGUAGCACUUCAGUGGGGGCCAGGCCCUCUGGGGGUGUCCUGAGUCCCUGUGCCCUCGGCAGGGAGUUGGGCGGACCUCCCGAGAACGCCCCAGAAAACCCCCCCUCAGGGCCUCUGGCCGGGCUCAGUUCCUGCUGCUGCUUCCUCACGGCCCCCACGUCCCCGGGCUGGCCCCACCUGGCCUCGUGUACCCACUCAGAAACCCUGCGGAGCACCAGGGCCCAGGGCCCCUUCCCAUCCUUGAGGGCUGAGCCCCGACUCACGUGGUGUUGCCUGAGCCGAAGCCUGCCUCUGCCCACAGAGCAGAAGGAAACGACCGCUUCUGUCUACUUGGCUCUGCACUUCCUCGGUGGCAGCACCCGGGACGAGGGUCCAGGUGCCCGGCCCCUGAGCAGGGCGGUGGUGGGAGGACGGACGAGGACGGCCCUGGGAGAAGGAGGGCAGGUGCGGACAGCAAAGCUCUUCUGCCCAGUGGCCUCAGAGAUGGUGUCCCAGGAGCGGGUGUCUGAGCCUGAAUGGAAGAAAGGACCGCCUUGGAGGAAGGCAAAGCUGUUUCGGGGGAGUGGCAAACAGAAGAGGCUGAGCGUCCGCUCCAGAAGGCGCAGAGGGGGUUUCUUACAGAGCCGCGUUCAGCUGAGAGGAGGCGGACUGCACAGGCCACCCAGGGUGCUGAGGAAAGACCGCCACCUCCCCCCACUCGAGGGCCUGGGCCCACGCAGGACCCCCAGGAAGCCUUCUUCAGAAACGGCACGUCUAAAUCUGCGAGGGGAGCCAUCUCGCACCGCCUCAGAAUCGCCUGUUUGUUGUGGGCACGGAGAGGAGGAGGAGGAUGUCUCCAGACCGGCUUCCGGAAGCUUCUCUCCCAGCACCAGUUCAAGGGCCGGCAGUGAAAUGGACCAGAUUUCGGCAGCUCCCAGUGGGCGUGGUGACCGCUGCACGCAGAACACUGCCUCCGGGCCGGGACCGUCUGAGCGCUCUGACUCCUGCGUGGCCGUGGCUACUGACAGCCUUCUGUCUCAAGGCAGAGGUCCUGGCGUGGGAACGCUGGAGACACGCCCUCCGCCCACCCGGGAGCAAGUCUCGGUGGAUUUGAAACCGUACAUUUUCUCAGAUACUCAAGAGCCUUCUUCCCUUGGGUCCAGAGGAAGCCCUCUCCACCAGGAUGUUGCUACCUCUGUGCCUGCCAUCUGUGCUCUGGGGGAGAGAGUAGGUCGCACAACCCUGGGACUUCACAGUGCGGAGCCACAGGACCACAGAGCGGCAGGGGAGGCCCCGACGCAAAGUUCCCCAGAUAGAAAGGCUAUCGCCGCGGCCGUGUCACCAUCAGUCUUGCCGGGGAAACCUUCAUGUGGGCAAAGAAGGUCAGGUUUGCUUCUGUUGGGGUCAACCGGAAAGACUCAUCUGGAAAUGCCAGCACCAGGUUCAGCCAGUUCAUACCAAGAGGAAGGAGAACACAAGACAUUUUUUCCCACUGGGGGACAGUAUGGGGGUGGGGAAAUGGUGGUCCCCUGCCCUCCUUUAGGAAAUGAGAGUGGGAAAUGUCAAGUCUCUGGAUUAACUUCCCUAAAGGAUUGUGUGGUUCCUUCUAAGCCAGGGCAGCCCAGAGAAUCCCCUGAAGCCCCUUCGAAAACUGUCAAGAGGAGGGGCCCGGAAGGACUCAGGAAGCAGACGCGAGUGGAGGUCAGCGACACCAGCAGUGAUGAUGAGGACCGGUUAGUGAUAGAGAUGUGAGGCUUCUGACGUCUGCAGUCAGAGACCGCAUGCUGUCGGGCUGGCAGGAAGGCUGAAUUCUAUUUCGCCAAGCACCUCCAUGUUAGGAGAGCCAUUUGGGGAUCUUUGCAAGACCUCCCCAGCCGGCUCCAGCCUCCCUUCCCCAGAUCCCCUGGCGGUAUACCAGGCGCCAGGCAGGGCAGGGGUCGCAAUGGAGCAGAGCCUAAGAACGCCUGGCGCACGGUGACUGUGCUGGACUCCUAGCCGCGUCCUCUGCAUCGGCCCCCGCUGCCUCUUCCAGUCACGUGGCAUUAACCAGGAGAGCCACAGUCACAGUCGACUCGUUUACAUAUAAGUGAACCCAUAGAGUCGAGUCGGCCGACUUCCUCCAUCAGUAAGCUGAGGGUUUGCUUCAAAGGUGGUAAGCAUGCUUGGGUCACUGGGGUAGCUUGGCAGAGGAGGUGGGGUAUGACGUGGGCAUCAAGAUACUUCUGUUCACUCUAGAAACGAAAUCGAGAUGCGUUAAAAAAACUGAAGUUGGGCUAGAAUAACUUGCGUCCUUAGUGGAAGUUGUAAAUAUCCUUCAAAAUGCCUAUGAUCUGGUGAAAUGCCGAUUGUCCUUAAAUGUCACCCAAGUGGUCAGUGCUUACCUACGAUCCUACAGCAAAAGCAUGUCAUGCUUUCGGGCCCGGUGCCUUUUGUGCUGAGGCCUCCGAAACCCUCGGUGUUUUUAGCUCUUGCAAAGGAACGCCGUGUUAAAAGUUGAUAGAACAGUCUCUGGAAUGAGUCAUUUUUUGAGGGGGAAAAAUUCACUUAUUUUUCUCUGAUUCUCUCUGUCAUAUUGUGCUCUGAGCAAUUUCAAUUAGAGGGGUACAUUUUAGUAAUCUGUACAGCUUAAAUUGAUGCCUGCUCAUCGUGACGGGAGCCUUUUAGAUUUCCUCCAGAAGCUUCAAGGAUACAAAACUAAUUGGAGUUUUGACGCUGUUUUACAUCUCGGUAAUUUUAUUUUGGGGGCUUGGUGUUACUUUGCUGUCAAAUUAAAUCAGCCUCUGUAUUGUGCAAGUCAGAACAGUACAGAUAAAAUUCCCCAGUAUUCCAAGCCGGCGCACCCCUGUGCAGAACAGAAUAGCUGAUCUACGUCAGCCAACUCAGUGAGCAAAGCCUCGGAUUUACUGUGUUUUACUGUGUUCCUCUCCUUCUCCUUAAAGAGGAGAGGAAAAACUUAACCGAGAUUUAUACUGCUGCAUUUCGAUAACAUUUUAUACCUUCUUUUGGUGUGA